AUGCAGUUGCGAUCACGCGUGUUGACCACUGCCAUUGCUGCGUCGGGGCUGAUAGGUCUAUCCAGCGCGUCAAAUGGCCCUAAAAAUGAUACUCUGGUAACCCAGCAAAUUGACAAUCAACCUUAUCCGUACGAUUUUCCCAAGAUUGGCGUCAAUGGCACCGAUCUAUUUCCAAUGCGCUUGUGUAAUGGUUUCAAGCUGGAAGAAGCCACUAUUGAUGAUAUUCAAGCCGCAUUCAAUUCGGGCAACUUGACCAGUGUUCAAUUACUCAAGUGCUACUAUGAACGAAUUUACCAAGUGCAGCCCUAUUUGAAUGCUAUCCUACAAUUCAACCCUGAUGCAAUGAAUAUUGCGGUAGCUUUGGACGCGGAACGCCAGAAUGGAACGGUUCGAGGACCGCUACAUGGUAUCCCCUUUGUGGUCAAGGACAAUAUUGCCAGCAAAGACAAAAUGGAGACCACAGCUGGUAGUUGGGCCCUAGUGGGAUCUGUAGUUCCACGAGAUGCUCAUGUCGUGUAUCGCCUACGGGAAGCUGGUGCGGUGCUUCUAGGUAAGGCUGCCCUCAGUGAAUGGGCAGAUAUGCGUUCCAAUGACUACUCCGAGGGCUACUCGGGGCGCGGUGGACAGUGUCGAAAUCCAUACAACUUUACUGUUAAUCCUGGCGGAAGUAGUACAGGCUCUGGCGUUACUGUCAGCUCCAAUCAAGUACCUUUUGCUUUAGGAACUGAGACUGAUGGCAGCGUCAUCAACCCCGCUGAGAGAUGCGCAAUUGUCGGUAUCAAACCUACCGUCGGUCUCACAUCUCGGGCGGGUGUUAUUCCGGAGUCAAUCCACCAGGAUUCUGUAGGCGCCUUCGGGAAAACAGUACGCGAUGCCACAUAUGUGUUGGAUGCAAUAUAUGGAAUCGACCAGCGCGACAACUAUACACUAGCUCAGAAAGGCAAGACACCCAAAGGAGGAUACUCCCAAUUCUUGAAGGACAAAUCGGCACUUAAAGGUGCUGUGUUUGGGCUUCCGUGGCUGUCAUUUUGGCAGUACAACGAUCCAGCGCAAAACGCCCAGCUGCUUGAGCUUUUGGACCUUAUUCGUUCUGCAGGGGCCAACAUUAUUAAUGGGACAGAACUUCCAUACUACAAAGAUAUCGUCGAUCCCCAGGGGUGGAACUGGGAUUAUGGAGCUCAGCGUGGAUAUCCCAAUCAGUCAGAGUACACGUAUGUGAAGGUGGACUUCUACAAUAACAUCAAGACUUACCUUUCCGAGCUGGAAAACACCAACAUACGGUCGCUCGAAGACAUAGUAAAGUACAACGACGAUAACGCCGGAACCGAGGGUGGUAUUCCUGGUGUGAACCCGGCUUUUGCAUCUGGCCAAGACGGGUUCCUCGCGUCCCUGGCAACUAAAGGUGUCAUGAAUGAAACUUACUGGCAAGCAUUGACCUACUGCCAACGCACCAGUCGAGAAGAUGGUAUCGACGCAGCGUUAAAUUACAACGGCCACAAUCUAACUGCUCUUCUGGUGCCUCCUGACUUCGGUCCUACGUACGAAAUCGCAGCCCAGGCAGGUUAUCCAGUAGUUACCUUACCCGCUGGAAUCAACAAGGUAUCAAAAAUGCCGUAUGGACUUGCUCUCAUGGGUACUGCAUUCUCAGAAGCGACUCUAAUCAAGUAUGCGAGUGCUAUUGAGGAUCUACAGCUGUCGUCUGAUACACCUUGGAAGCGAAGUCUGCCAACUUGGAGUGGUUAUAUGGAGCGGAAUAUCCCCGUCAUCAAUGCUUGA